CAACGAAUGGAGGAAGAGUUCGCCAUGUACGAUGAAGAACAAAGACGUAUCGUGUCCAAACAGCCGUUGCAUUCCUCGAGACUUUCAACGCCACCACCAGCCAAGAAGCAACAACUUCACACAACUCAUGAACGCAUUCAACUGUCUCGAGAAAAAUACGAUUUCGAGGAGGCUCGCAGAGCAAAAAGCUCAGCUGCUGUCGGUCAUCCACCGCAUUUCACUCGAACACUCGUUUCGGCGGUUACUGCCACGGGUGAUAGUGCUAAAUUCGAAGGCGAUGUUACUGGUUGGCCUGCACCUGAGGUUCAAUGGACAAAAGACGGUGUGCCAGUCUCGACAGCGACCAAUCCUGAAUUAGAUUUUUCGAAUGUGGCUGGUCACGUAUCAUUAUCGUUUCCGAACGCUCAAUCCGAACAUGCU